AUGCCUUUGUUCAAGGGGAAGAUGCGCGAGGAGGAGGACUCGGACUCAGACGAAUCCUUCCAUUGUUGCGGAAGGCCAGAGGACCUCCUCGACGAAUUCCGCUCCUCAAUGGAAGCUCCCAAAUCAGAUGGGAAUGAGGUACGCGUCCCCGACGACCAGGACUACUACCUCUAUUCCGCCGGCCUUGAGCGAAUGAACUCGCCCAGCAAUGGGCCAGCCCACGGCUCACUUUCUUCGAAUCGCGACUUGCAACGGGCUCCAACCGUCUGCUCCUCUGAUUCCGGCCACACUCGGGUCGCAAGCACUCUCCUCAUCAUCAAAACUGACGAGGUAGUCUCGCCCUCCUCUUCGCCCCAGAUGACGAAUGUUCGAGUCCAACUGGCCAACCCAAGCCAGCCUUCCAGGCCAAGGAAGACAUCGAAAUGGAAGAUCCAACUCCAUCGGCCCCACAGUUUUCUCCGCAUGGCCAUCAGCCCAGCCGAUGAGCGCCCGCCAAGCCCCGAGCUUUCGACGGCCCAAGCCUCAGCCCUCCAUGGUCCUCCGCCAUCAGCAUCAUCUCUUCGUCGGCGGGGAAUGGUUUUCACUCCGACCAGCCUUCCGGAGCAACUGAAGGAAUUGGCUGAGACUGAAGAUUCAGAUGGCAAUGGUACUACACGGCCCGCCGGCUCAUUGUGA